AUGAUAUCUUCAACGAUACUUAUUACGCUACUGCUGCUAGGAUAUGCCCAGGGCGGUCCAAUUGCAGUAGAGUUCGAAGUCGCGCAAGACACACCGUUCGAAACUACAAUUGACCCUGCAUUUGCAGCUACGUCGGUCACACUUAAUGAUACGAAUGCGGAGCUUCCUGCUUGUACUGCUACAACAAAAGACUGCUGUACGAAAAUGCCGACCUCCUUAGUGGAAAUCACCAUCGAAGACAAGACCCUAUGGGAAAGCGUGCAGUUUUUGGUUGGUACAGAUAUUAAGGCCACCAUCACAAUUGCUGACUUGGAGGCAGGAAAACCGGCAAGCCCAGUGACUCCAGCACCCCAAGCUAAAUCACAGACGAACAAAAUCGAUAAAAAAGUUAUCAAAGUUCCCUGCGUGCCAGGAAGUAUGAUGCUUGUAAAAAAGAAUGCGAGAAGCGCCCCAGAUAAUAAUGAAGUAAAAGUAAGCGACACAUGUCCAGCGACAAGCAAUCAGAAUCCCAACGGCUGCAUUAUGAUCAAAGAUAAUUACUAUCCUGUCUACGUGAAGGCCGACAUGCAAAAGGUACCGCGGCUUCUUACAAUAACGGGCGGGGAAGGCCAAAAACUAGAAGCCACCUUCAAGCCUUCUGCAGCAUCAUGGAUGUCGCACUCCGUUGCGGUCAUUCUCGCCAGCCUGGCUGUCGUGCAUCUCGUGCAGUAG